AUGACAUCGCUGGACAGCUUGAAGCAUCAAUGCAACAAAGUCGCACUUGCGGCAAUUGUGUUCCUACUGACGACAAUGAUCGAAGUGCGAGAGCAGACGAUGCUAACGGAACAUCCGGUUCCCACGGAGGAUCUACCAUAUUCUAAACAAAUCACCACCAACAGUAGAAUCCAAUCUCCGACAAUGUCAUCAUCCUCACCAUCGACCACUUCGAGUGACCCACCAACGUCGACGUCGGAGUGGUCGGAAUCUCCGUUUUCGCCGACUCUGCCAAUGACACCCUCGCAGAUGGCAUGGCCAUCCUCGUUGGCCGUGUCGGCUGAGAGUCUUCUAAUCCAAAAUGUGACAUCGGCAGUAACGGACACGUCGACACGUCCACAUCAUGAAUCCACGGUGGAGGAGGGGACGCCGGUGAGUUCAGUAACGACCACGUACGCGAUGGCUUCCGGCGCGCGCUCCAUCACCACCGCGUCGGGCGGAAGCUCCCGAGGACCGACGAAGACGACGGAGACGCAGUACGACGGUAGCAAACACACCACGUUUCGACCACUAAUCAUACCCACGCUACCUGACGUGCGACGUAGUCGAGUCGUUCAUUCGAUGCCUUAUCAGAGCAAGCAUCACCACGAGCGCCACUGGGGUCCAUUUUUCGAGGAACCGGUCAACGUGACUUCCGGGGCGGCCUUGUCCGUCGGAUAUCAUUUAUCAACGGAGGCCAUCCUCAACUGUAGGGUAGGAAUGCUGAAAGAUAAAACGGUGAUGUGGAUCCGCCGGACCACCGAUAAAGUGUCAUUACUCACCGUCGGCAAUAAUACGUACAGCGGGGACCCGAGGAUAAAGGUCAAGUUUCAAUAUCCCAACAAUUGGAGGCUACAUAUCAACCCGAUCAAAUCGGACGACGCCGGACUGUACAUGUGCCAAGUGUCGACACAUCCUCCGCGAGUGUUUGCAACGAAUCUGACGGUGCUGGAACCCGCUGUCCGGAUAGUGGACGAAAUGGGCUACGAGUUCUACGAUCGUUACUAUAAACUGGGCAGCACGAUAGAAAUAUCAUGCCAAGUUUCGACGUCCUAUCUGGCGACUUUGCCCCCGAGCUCCGCGUCAGCGUCUCAGAGAUCGAAGGCAUCCGUAUCGGCGGCGGCUAACACUGUCGGCCAUAUAUUUCCCCCGGGAGGAAGCGACAAACUAGUGAUGGAAGGACCACCGAGGAACCCUAAAGACGAUAACAAUUUGACCGACGCCACGGAAAGAGGGUUGAUUAGCUGGACCAAGGAUGGUGCCGAGCUGCCGAAUGAUGUCAAGAUGAGUUUUAGCGGAACCAAGCAGUGGCUCAUAAGCCGAAUUUCGAUCCUGCAGGCGAACCGUGUCCACAAUGGCGUCUACAACUGCACCGUCGCUGGCAAGCAGAGUACGUCGGCCCAAGUGCAGGUCUUGAAUGGUGAGACGCCGGCCGCGGUGCAGCAUAACUCUGGACAUCGAAGGGAGGAGGCGUUCGUCCUGAUUGGCAUCCGCACGAUAAUGGCGCUGUUCUCGUGCUGUGCUCUACUACAUCUCGAAUGGUUGCAUUUAAACAACCUUCUAAACUGUUAAUGGCAAGGAGAGGACCAUCCGAACUCACCUUUAAUACUUUUUGCAUUGUUCCUUAAUGGAGAAUGCACUGAAACCGUUUAAAAUUAACAAAAAUGUGUAUAUGAUGCCAACCUACGGGAGGUUGUCCCGGAUUGACGAGUUCUUACAUCAAAAUUAACUGAUUUUAUCGAAGAUGAGUGAGACUUUGUCGUUUGCUAUGAACGGUAUUUUCUUUAAACGUGUUAUCUUACUUUCGUUUAGACUAUAUUGACACACAAAAAGACGCAGGAUAAUUCCCAUACUCUUUACAAUUGAGAAUCACACUGUUGCCGAUGUAAAGUCCGACUCAAAGAAACAGAUUGCAAUGGAACUAUCUUUCUAAUGUGUUAAAACGCAACAAUAUGAAGAAUAUGUAAAUAUAUCCAGUUGAUAGGCAAUGCAUAAAUAACUGCGAAGUUCUUGGCUUUUCCUUACUUCGUACAUUAUUUGAUAGGUUUGAAUAGGUUAGGAGCGCAAGUUUGUCAAAAACAAAUUUAUCACAUCAAUGAUACUGCGUUACACAUUUAAACAUUUUGUUUUCCGCCUCGUCCGUGUUUGCAGUACCAGGGCACAUUUUUUUGAUUAAUCAUAUAUCUCUUCACAGUUUCUUAAGAGGAAAAGACUAGGUUAUGACGUACCGAAAAAAAAUUAGAAUGAAGUAAUUAAGUAAACUAGCUAAUGUUCGAUGUUCCAAAGCAAUAAUGUAAGUAUCAUUGGAGCAAGGAAUUAUAUUAAUCAAAACAUACUUUAACUUGAUACAAAAACAUGUUCUCAAGUUAACGAGGAUUGAAAUCAAAACUGGAUGAAACAAAAAGUCAAAACUCAACUACACAGAACCGCUGCUGAAAUCCCACUGAUUCCACCAAUUCAGUUAUGUGCCGUAUGUUCCGCGAAGUAGUUGAUCAACAGCCCUUCUUUAUAGUUUUGUUGACCCAAAGAAAACUAAAAGUAUCUUUAAAGUGGAAAAUAUAUACCAACAGUGACUU